AUGGAGACAUCAAAUCCUAGAGCAAAGUUGAAAUACAGACCUCUCGUCUCUAGAACCGCGAUUCGGUUAGUCGUGAUACAUCCUGGCUCUGGGGAUGAGCCUAUCAGAUGCCACUUAAUACAUACCAAGCUAGGUGAAAUAGCUUACGAGGCAUUAUCCUAUGAGUGGAAAGAAGAAAGUAACGACGAUCCGAUGAUUAACGUGAGCGGUGAAAAUAUCACUGUUCGAAAGAACUUGCAUGAUGCUUUGGUGCACAUUAGGCUCCCCGAAACUGGGCUGCACAUAUGGAUCGAUGCUUUAAGCAUCGACCAAUCUGACAUUUCAGAGAGAAAUGCUCAAAUCAAAAUUAUGGGACAGAUCUACAGUGGUGCUCUAAGUGUCAUCGUUUGGCUUGGCAAUGCGGCAGAGAACAGCGACACUGCGUUCAGAAUGCUUAAAGAGAUUGCUGCUCGAGCCAUUCUCAGAAGGAGUGAUGCGACGAACUACAACGAACACAUCAAUCAGCUUAUUCAAUUGUUCGACGGUUUUGAUCAUGAGGAAUGGAAGGCUCUAGUCGCUCUUUGUCAGCGUCCGUACUGGUCACGUAUCUGGGUAUUACAGGAGAUACAUCUGGCGAAAAGCUAUAAAGUGCAUUGUGGCAAAAAGUCCAUUGACGGUAACGCCUUCCAAUAUUCUAUCGCAAUAUUUUCCGAUAGCAGAAUGAAGACAGAUAAGAGUACUGAGUACUUCCGUAUCAUAACUGAGAGCGCUGUGUCUGCACAUAGACUUGCGAAGGAUAUUCCCCCGCUUUUUCACACAUUGCGUCGCUGGAUAUCAGUCACUUCGUUUGGAGGCUUUGUAUCUACAAACCCCCAUGAUAUGAUUUAUGCUUUGCUGGGAGUUUCAAGCGACUGGCAAGAUGGCAGAGUGAUACUCAUACCCAAUUACACCAAGCCAUUACCAGAUCUCUUCUUUGACGUAGUACGCAUAUUAAUGGCGAAGCCUCUUGGAGAUCAUUCAAUUAAAAUUCUAAAUCGGCUGGCGGAACGUUUUGAAUGCACCACAGAUCCAAGAGUCAAGAAAUUUUUCACAGAUUUAAAGCCAGUUCCCAAGUCUUACUUAGCUCAAUUGCAAGAUUUGAUGCUAAGCUUUAAAUUCAAUGUGCGGAGAUCUCUCAAUCUUAAAUCACUCGGGCAAUAA